AUGAGGUCUCGUGGUGGAAUUACAAUCAGGCCUCCGACUGCACCCACUGACAUCGAGGAUAAUGAACCAGUGCCAGAGAAAAGCACGUUGGACUGGCUCAAUCUCAAUGCGCUUGCGCCCAAAGCCAUCCAGGGAGCAAUUGACAGAAUUCGGCACAACACCCUGGCAAGCAGUGGCGAUGCCGAGGUCCCGAAAGAGAUGGACGGGGAGUUGCUGACAUCUCCCCGUGGCAAGGGCAGUGAUCAGUCGGCCGGUUCCAUGGGCUAUGCCCGGCCCGCGCGCAAGUCCCUCAGCUCGGCCCUUCGGGCUCGUGGUGGCAUCUCCCGUGGAGUGGCCGGGACGGAGCCUGACCCGGCCGAAGGGCCCACCGACGCAGAAGCGCCGGACGUGCCCCGGGCGUCCUCGCCGGGGGAAGUUGAACUUGAUGAGGCCGAGGCCGCACCGGUUGAAGCCUCAGCGCCCGUGCCGGAGGAGGCGGAGGCAGUGCCGGAAAAACCGCAGCCUCCGGAAAGUCCUGAGGCUGCAUUCGCACAGCCUACCGCAGACCGAACCGCAUCAGCGCCCCUCCCCGUCUUGCACGAGGAAGAGGAGGAGGAAUCGACUAUAGCUGCAGCAAUGCCAGCGCAAGUGGAGCAGCCUGAUGAACGGGCUGCCCCAGAUGCGCUUCAUGGACUUGAAGAGGCUGAGGAACUCCCGAACAGGGAGGAACUCCCGGACAGGCAGGAAGUGCCAGCGGAGCUGGAAGAGUCUGACGAAGCAGAGCAAGUUCAGACAGAUUCAGUCCCUGAGCAGGACCAUGCCACAGACUCGGAACUGAGGAAGCCAAAGGACUGGGAGGAGCCCACAACCAGGCUCCCGAUGCCGACGCCCCUCAUGGCGGCCACCGCCUCGGCUCGACGCGCAGCGCCCCCUUCGGUGGAGGCCCCAAAGAUGGAGGAGGCGCAAGAGCCAGCAGGCAAACCCUUGCUCGCGCCGGAGCCGCAUCUGCGAGUCCAGACUCGAGAUGUGGGGAAGCUCAAGGAACUGCGGGAGUUCUGGGGGAACAAGAGCUCCAAAGGUUUUGCAGGUCCUGGUCUAACUGGAUCCAGGCUCUCGAAAAACGAAGCCCAAGCGACCUUGCAAAGACUCCUCAUCGCAGGUGGAGAUUUCGAUGAGGUCCGGUUCUUCAACCUCAGCCACUCUUGGUCAUCGCAGCUACGUGGGCCCUUGGGCAAUGCCUUCUCGGUGAACGCCGGCCCUGCCUGGGCCGGGAUGCAGGCACAUGCUGCCGCAGGUCCUAGGCAGCACGGCUUGGAGUCCCAAGCAGGCAUGGCUGGAUUCCCAGGUGUCGGCAUGCCAUUUCGUCCGAUGGGUACAGCAAGCUCCGGGAUAAGCCCCGUUCCCAUGUUUCAGCCGCCAGGUCCGCCAGGUCCAGGCCCACACUCCAGCGACGCUCAGUGCCCUUAUGUCCGUAGACUCUUUGGGCAAGCUCUGAGGACUAGAACGGUCUCGCGGGGUUCGCCAGUGAUGAAUUUCCUUUGUGUCUUUGGGCUCGGGAGUUCGAUCCCUCAAACUGCUUUGUGCCGACAGGAAAGAAGUGAAGGAUGCCAGCCGAUGAAUCUCGGCAAGAGUUUCAACGUAGGUAGGUUAGGUAGAUUUAGGUUUUGUAGCGUCUCGCCUAGAAGGCAAUGCCUUCAGACUCUCCGGCGCGAUUCGACAGAACAGCAUGUGGCAACGCUUCCAAUUCAGGAUGUGGCUCGUAACUUGCAUGAUCUACGAAUGGAAUCGAAUGGAUAG